GUGAGCGACUGUGGCUGUGCUGUACGAGAUGUAAAUGGUUGCGAAGUUUGGCGACGAAACAGAUAAGUACAUACAUAGAGCUUGUAGGAGUGUUCUUGUGUCCCGUGGGAGUUAGAGACAAGCAAGUUUAUCACAAGUAAGCAACUAGGAGUUCUUGAAGUGACUCGAAAUUGAUGCACUUUUUCGCUGUGGUAGUCUAUUCGUUGUGUUACGUUUUCAGCACGAACCGCGCGGUGUCACUGUCGCUUCUCCUCUUGACCCCCAGUAUUGCUCGCUUUGAUUUUGGGACAAUAUGCACGAAAUAGCUGCACGGACUAGUUACGCCUCACUAUGUGCCGACACAAGGUAAUGUGACAUCCAUAGCGUGUCUUCCUUUCUUAGUCUUUCUUGAGCUUCCGCCCGACUGGGUUGUCUAUUUUUAAACUCUAGCUUUCGACUGGUCUACUUAUUUCUAUUCCUCUAAGGUGGCGCUCGCUCGUCUUCUAGUCCUGUCAUAAUCAAAGAGUAAGGUUAGUGGGUGGUAGCUAGUUAGCGUUGGCCGUCUGAAGUACCUAGUAGCUGUUUGUUAAGUUCCUCUUCCUUUUUUAAGUUGAGUAUUUUUCUAUUUUGUCCCAAUCUUUUCUGUCGUGUGUGAAACGCAUUGCGCCCCAUCUGGUGGCCUGCCGCCGGUUUGCGAACUGGAUAAAGCUGAGGCUGCUUUUUCAGUAGCCCCAGGAUGCCAAAAAAAAAGAAAUUUUUUAUGAAAUCUCCAAAUCCAAAAAAAAGAGCACUGAUGUGUCUAUCGAUUCCACGCCUCCCUGUAUGCGCAACGGCAUGGCGGAGACCUGCAUGGAUAAGGUACUCCCGAUGCUACAAGGCAUCCCCCAAGUUAUGAGAGCAUCUUCGAACAAUACUCACUUCUAGUGUCUUAGAUGAAGAGGAACUACAGCUUGUGAUGUGAUCUUGAGUCCGCAAUAAUUUGAGAAAAUUGACCAAUUGAGUUUUUUUAUCUUUCAAAUUGCUAAGUAGAAUGGUUCGCACUACAUGUGUCUCCCUCGAAUUUCUGUUGGAACAUGCGCCUGCCGUGUCUGAUGGGCAGAGUAUCCUCUCUGGCGGAGUACACCGACAUGAUGGUGAAGACGGCGAACAAGGCAGAUGCGAUGGCAAUCAAAGACGACUGCGGCAACGUGGAAUCUGAGUUUGGUGCUGCCGUUGACACGGUCGUAGCAUCUGUUGCACCUCCGAUUUUGGUGUCCACCAGCCAAGCAGCGGAGCUUGCAGAGUUGAGUGCAAAAAGGCCGGGCACUGCUGCAACGACUAUCGGUCAGGGAGCAAUCAGUCUUAAGCUGCUCACAAGCCUGCAUGAUUCGAGCUCGGGGCGCUGACAAAGACACUUGCAUAGCGCUCGGCGAGAAGCAGGCGGCUAGUAUAAUCACGAUGCUAGAUCAAACGAACAAACAGCAUGACUUUUACCAACUAAUAAACGAGCACAGCGAAAAAGUAGAGCUGAAGAUUGGAAUAGCCGCACACUUGUAGAAUCGUUAGAAAAUUUCUAUAUCUAAAACGAAGACGUUGAAAAAUUAUCAGGUGGGGGGUGCUGGGUGGAGUCUGACGGUUUCACCUAUGGGAUGUGUUUUAGUUGCGACGAUAUCGACUCGAGCUGUUCGCAUGGAGUGCAAAGUGGGGCUGCAGGGCUGGACAGCUGCACUGCGGGCUCCAGGAUCAAAGUCACUCAUUAAGAUCGACGAAUCAAAGAUACAGGAGAGCGACGGUUUCCACUUUGAAGGAAAACCAAAUAGAAGAUAGGACGUGCAGAAGAAGAAGUAGUGAAGUCGGACUUCGAAAAGCUCCCUGAGGACACUGGUGAGGUGAAUGAAUUCGGCAAUCAAGAAGUAGAAGAUGCGAAGCGCUACUUGCGUCGUGGUCGUUCUCAUGUUGAUGAAGUUGAAGUUUUUAGUUCAAGUUUUCUUUUUUCCUUUAUUUUACAGACUCAAGCCUUUGAUGGUAAUAGUGUUAAUCUUUUUGGAACUCAAAAGAUAUCUUGCAGCCAACAAAGAAUUGAACAGUGAAUAUAAAGAUAGUAUCUGUUGCAAGGAUUUUGUGUUUUGGGGUAGGUUGAGAAUGAGAUCGGUGGAGUUCAGUGUGACUCGCGAUGAUUGGAUACGACGAUGAAGAUAAAUGAUGUGCUUGAUGGGCGCACUCUGAAGAAGAUACAUUUUUUUACAGUGUCGAAUUGAUACAACUGACCUGUAGCAUCCACUGAAAAUUCUUGGAGAGAUACAACCGCUUAAAGUACGCCACUUGUGAAAUGAGUGAAAUGGACACGAAUUCUUGGACCCGGUCUUGGUUUGUCUUGGGAGACAACUUCGAUCAUAAUUACGAUCUUGGCGAUCCCUUGCCCGGACAGCUCUGUGUUGUGUUAGCUGUCAGUGGAGGUGCUGAGGAGCGAGG